ACCAAGAGUAUCCGGGAUCUUACCCGAGAAACUGUUUUCAGACAAAUCAAUGUACACAAGUCAGCUACAGUUCCCUCAACUGGAAGGUAUAAUCCCAGAGAAAUUGUUAGAACUCAUAUCCAAAAUCUCUAAGCUUCUGAGCUGCCCUAUUUUAGGACCCAAUUGGCCUGAAACACCUGAACCAUUGAAGUUGAGAGACGUAACGUUCUUAGAAUCAUCACAGAUAAUACCAAACCAGUUACACGGAGUGGCUUCAGAUGAAUUUGUCUUCCAUGUCGAAGUAUUCCGUGGUACUUUGUCCAAAUGCUUCCGAAGCAAGAGUAAAGUUAACCCAUCUGGGUUUAGACAAGAAACAGAAACUAUACAAGUCGAGACAAAGAGACAGAAUAGCAGAAGAAUAUCGAACAACCCAUGAUUCUUCAUCUGAGACUUAAAGAUCAAGAAAGAUGACCAAAUGGAGUUACCAUGUGAGAUGAGGGAAAGAGGAGAGAGAAAAGAAGGAAACAAAAUAGAACUUGACUGACGCCAAUAAUAGACAGAAGCACAUAAAUGUUAGAUAUGGGUUUUAAGAGAAUCUACAAAUUGUUAACAAGAAAAUUUGUAAGUUGAGAAUUAGAUGACCGUUGUAUAGCAAAUUAAGGAGAUCUUUAGUAUUCUAGCCUACAUUGUAACUAUUCCUAAAAUAGUUUCUCUUCGCAAUUUCCUAUGAAUUGAAGAAAGAAUUAUAAAAGCGGGUGGAACAGACACUAUCAUAAUUGGACUGAGUUAUAUAUAGAAAAUAUUUUCAAACUAUCCUUUAUCAUUCCCAUUAACAUCUCCCAAACUCUCUCUACAACUUUGCACAUAUACAAGUUUAAAUUUUCCCAAUCUUGAGAGACAAACUUACCAAAAGUAUGAAUC